GCUGCUCUUGCUGCUGAGAUGCUGCUCCCGCUGUUGCUGCUGCUUCAUUCUCGUUUCACGGCGCUUUGAAGACUCGAUGAAAUACAAAGCCAGGGCCACUACGAAAUCCUUGAUGACCAGUUGAUGCGUGGUAUAACUUUAUAAUUUAAGUGGCACAAUAACGCGUCGUGCGUACAGGAUGGUCUACAACAUCAAAUGGAUCAUACCGAAGUUACGAAACCCGACGAAACUUUGGAACAUCGCAAGCAGCAUAACCUUUGUAGCCGUUGGAAUUUUCUCAAAGUUUAUCAUAGAUGCUUUUUUAUAUUCAAAGAACUGCUAAACAAGACGAGGGUGCACAAUAAGCAUAUCCUUGUUCGAGCAUUAAAUCGAAAAGGAAAUACACCAUUGAUUACUGUGUCGAACCAUCAUAGUUGUUUUGAUGAUCCAGGAUUAUGGGGUUCCUUAAAUCUAAAACAUUUGCUAUGUCGCCGAAGGAUGAGAUGGUCCCUAGCAGCACAGGAUAUCUGCUUCACAAAUGUCUGGUAUUCUUACUUCUUUAUGCUAGGCAAAUGCGUACCUGUGAUAAGAGGUGAAGGAGUAUAUCAGGAAGCAAUUAAUUUUUGCCUUGAAAAACUAGCGUCUGGUGACUGGGUCCAUGUUUUCCCCGAGGGAAAAGUAAAUAUGCUCAAAGAAAACAUGAGGUUAAAGUGGGGAGUGGGAAGGUUAAUAAUGGAAUCACCAAUAACCCCCUUGGUAAUUCCUAUCUACCACUUAGGAAUGGACAAAGUACUGCCCAAUGAUCCACCUUAUAUAAUAAAAGCUGGAAAAAAGGUUACAAUGUACUAUGGAGACCCGAUAGACUUCAGUGGAAUGGUUGCAGACCUCAGAGCGAAUAAUGCAACAGAGAUGGAUGCCAGAAAAGCUAUUACAGACCGUAUCCAGGAUGAGCUGCUUCGGUUAAAGACAAUCACUGAGGAGUUGCAUGCAAGGUUUUGACAACGGUGUGGCGGUUCACGCCGUCACUCGAUCUAGCCAGAAUUUGCGAAGGACUAUGGGAAGCAAUACGGUACACGAAGAUGUCCGUCAGUAAUGAUCGAGAUAUAGAGAACUUGAAAGCACCAGAUAGCAAUAGACGAAUGGUGGCGUACGAUAAAAAAGAAUUAGAAUUUAAGUGUACAGAAACUAAUAAGUUCUAGAAUAGAGAAGCCGCAUUAACGACACUAGGGAUAUGCAUAUACGUCUAUGCAUAUUUUGCUAUUUUUACAAGAAAUCUUUGAUCGACUUUCAAUUAUUGCCUUCAUCAAGUUUAAUUAUUUAUACAAAAAAGGGAGAAAAACACGUGUACUUAUGACAUGGAAUGCAGAAAGACACGUGUGCAUACAAUUAAUAUAAUCUAAUGUACAUAUUAAUGCUGAAUUAUAUACAGUAAAAAAAACGCGCAA